AUGCCAUUGAAUAUUGCUAUUGUAAAAGAGAACAACCCAAACUGUAUUGACGGUGAGAGGCUAUAUAUUCUGGGCUUUCGACCAUCAACAUUGCCACUCAAUUCAACAAGAUCACUCGCUUUUCAUUUUAGCAACCCAUUUUACUUACAAUCCAUUUCAACACAGCACAACUUCAGCUCUCGAAUUCGGACAACAUCAAACGAUUUCACCAUGAGUAACGAUAUUCCCAAUGAUUGGUUCCUGGUAAAGCUGACCCGAUGGGAAGACGGCCAUGAAACCAGUUCGGCUCUCCUCCCUAAAUGGGCUUCAGUCUGUUUACAAGCGCAUUUGGGAUUACUUCACUGUUAUAGAGAGAGAUGGCAACUCCUCCGACCGAACCAAUCUUCCUUGGGAGCCGCCCUUAGACAAGGUGAUGGUAUUGAAGGUUUGAGCGUUGAUUGGCAAGGCCUUGAGGCUGGCGACUGGCCAUCGCAGCGGACUCUUGUGACGGAAUUCAACCUACCUGGAGUUUCAUCCACUGUGUUGUCAAAGACAGUAGACUCGACGGAAUUGCCUGGUGCCCCCCAAACAAUUAGGGCAUUUUAG